UGUAGAAAGUGUGUAGUUGCUGCCAAACUGCAAAGAACAGAGCUGACUAGACUUUGAACUUUGCAAUCGCUCAUUCAUGUUGUCCGGUGGUUUUUUGUGUGUCCUUGUCGUGGGUUCCGUCCUGGGACUAACCCACGGUGAUGUCGUGUCUGACUUCAAUGACGAGCCUGACUGCAUAAAGUACUUCUACAAAGGGAUAGUGCCCAAAUGGGGAUCCGACACGCCUGGUGCUGCCCGACUCUGCCAGCGUUUCCAGAACCGGUUUCAUUUUGCCACGCUGUAUGACACACACCACCGCAUUGCUGUCUACUCGGCGUACAUUUUUGAGCCCAGCAACGGGGGAGGCAGAGAGACGCGCUGGUUUGUAGAGCCCCAGUUGGUUAAUCAGAACUGGGCAGGGGAAAUGAGAGAUGGCUAUUGGCUGGGACAGGACUACCCAGGUAUCUACCAGGGUGACAGACAGGCUCUGAAUGAGGAUUACACUAAAUCAGGGUUUGACCGUGGCCACCUCAAUCCCAAUGGACACCAUGCAGUGCCAAGUCGUAAUGCCACAUUCACCCUCACGAACGUGGUGCCUCAGAACCCAAAACUAAACCAGAAUGCUUGGGCUAAUCAUGAGUCCAACCUGGCUAAGAUGUUCAGCGCUCAGUGCGACAAGGCCUACGUGCUGGUUGGUGCCAUUCCAUCUGUCGACAACUGGAUCAUCAAGAAUAAUGUCCAACGUGUCAAUAUCCCAGAGUACAUGUGGAACGCAUACUGCUGCAUCGAUCGCAACGGCGCUCCCAUUCGCAGUGGAGCUGCAAUUGCCCUCAACACUGAGCAGAAUCUAGUUGUGCAGUACACACUGAGUCAAAUGGUUGGCUUUCUUCAGCAAUACUCUAACACACCAGUAGGAGAGCUGUUCCAAAAUCAAUGCCAGUAACAGCUUAUAACGUUGCUUCCCAAACUGGUUAUUCUAUUUUAAGGUUUGAGUAGUGGAAAGUCAUUAAAACUGUAUAUCUAUUGA